GGGAAAAUAUGGACGUCGAAAGUGUCUGUACUUCGCUUCUAGCGGAGUCAGACGCUCGAAAUAAAACUAUUAGUGCCCCUAAUGUGGCUUCUGUGACAGAUGCUGACAAAGUAAUAAACACUAAAAUAGGUAGUGCCCAGGUUGAAGGUGACUGUUCGUUAAGCGACUCGGGAGACAGGAGUGAAGAGGUGCUACUAAAGGGUCUUCUCACUGAUGACUACUGCCAUGUGUGUGAGGCUGUGCUGCUCUUUGAAUCGCAGAGGCUGUCCCAUUACGAGGGAAAGAAACAUGCUCAGAAACUCCGGGUGUACCUGCAGGCCAAGAGAGCUGAGAAGAUGAACAAACACUCCACGGGGUCCCAGCAGACCAUGACUACUGACAAGGAUCGUUUCUGUGAGCUGUGUAACAUGGUGUUCAGUUCCCCCGUGGUGGCUAGAUCCCACUAUGAAGGAAAAGUCCACACAAAAAAUCUGGGGAAAAAAGGACUUCAGCCCACAGACAGGUACACAGAGUCGAGCUCUUUACCGAGUGUGACACAGGAUUCUGUUCAUGCCGACCAGAAAUCAGCAGGAAGUAGUGAUAUGGAACAUCUCCUGGACCCCACAGCCACCACAGCUACACCCAGCACAGAGGUUGAUCUGAAGGACCCUAACAAGUACUGUGCCCUGUGUGAUGCUUCCUUCAACAAUCCUCAGAUGGCUUUACAGCACUACAAUGGACGCAAACACCAGAGGAACCAGGCCCGACAGGAGCUGCUCCAAGAGCUCGGAGACACUGUCCAACAAGACAACUCCCUGAUGUGUUCCAUGUGUAGUGUGCAAUUUAACUCUGUGGAGAUGUACCAGGCCCACAUGCAGGGGAACAAGCACCAGACUAAGGAGAAGAAGGUCGUUGACCUUUGCAACGCCCAACAAAAAGUCUACAGCACAUUUGCAGAUGAACUUUCUGAUUACAUACAGGUUCAGAGGGCUCGUGGAAUCACCUCAAAGAACAGUCAAGUCCUCGCAACAGCCGACAAACGAAAGGAGGAUGAGGAAGAAGAACAAGAUGAAAUAUUUAACAAGGGAGAUAUCUCAGAACUGGACAAGCCAUUGCCAAACCUUCAUCCCAGCUCUAACCCUCCUCAUCACUCCCGUCUAGGUUGUUUUAAUCCAGGUGAAAGGUGGCGUCCUCAACAUCAGGGCUCUUCCUGGCCCUCUGAGGGCUGGCACUACAACUUCCCUCCUCCUGUUUUCCCAGGCCCAGGCUCUGCACUGAUCUCUAGUAUGCCAGUUAAAAGGAGGAUGCACAGAAAGCAGUCAAGUUCUUCCUCGUAUAACAGCUCAUCAUCAUAUUCCUCCUCAUAUUCCUCCUCUUAUAGCAGCAGUACAAGUGACAGUGAUGACAGUGAAUACAAGCGCAGAGAAAAGAGGAAGGCUAGAAAUUCCAGGAGGGAGAGGGACAGAAGGGCAAAGGACAAGGACUCAGACAUAGCAGAGAAGAGGAGAAAACGACGGAGGAAGGAAAAAGGUAAGGAGUCGGUGGAGAGGAGAAGAAGGGAAUCUGGAGAUGCAGAGGAAGAGAGGAGAAGAAGAAAAAUCAAAGGUCCUGGCAAGCGGGGAAGACGAGAAAAGAAAUCCCCGGAGGAGGACGAUAAAGAGGAGGAGGGAGGGGGCAGAGAGUUGGACAAAUUAAUGCCAGAAGACAUGAAUGACAAUAAAAAGGAAGGGGAAGUGGAUAUGAAUGCUGAUAUGAAUGUUGAGGAAGGGGAUGGUGGACAGUACGAGCAAGCCAAACCCAAAUACAGGAAAGAGAAGAAGAAAACAAAGGAGAAAGUAGACAGUAGGACAGAGGAUGAGAAGCUGUGGGAUGACUCUAUUCUCGGCUGUUAAACUCACAAGACCAAGUAUGACAGAUGACAUUUAGUAAUACAGUUAACAAUGCAGUUUCCAUUAGAGCUGGCAGCACACAAGUGUCCUCAAUAGAUUGCUAGCUGGCUAGCCAUGGUAAGUCACUUUGUGUUUCUAAUGAAUGAAUGAAUCAUAAUUUAGAUGAUUUUUUAUGUUGGUUCUCAAAUAUUCACGUCUAUAAUGGCUUUAUUUUCACUGUGACACUUAAUCAUGUAUAAUAUAUUUUAUUUUUAUUUGAUGGCACAUUGUCUUCUAUAACACUUGAAAUGAUCAAGAUCUUCCUGACCUCUUAACACAUCACAGUUAAAUGAUGUUUUAUUCUUUGUCAUUUCCUCCAGGAAGGGACACAAUAGCUUGAUUGUGAUCCCUUUUAUAGCCUGUGGUAGGCAGUGUUUAGCUUCACUUAGAGUCUCAGGAAAGUCAAUGAAAGCCAAUAGAUGACAGAGGCUUAGGCAUUUUGUUAGUUUUAAAGCUAGUUGUGCUUUCACUCAGGCACUGCUGCAAGAACGUUUUUCACAUUCUGUCACUUUUUCAAAUAGAUUUUCUUU